AUGGAACUUAACGCUACGCUAGGAACCAAGCAUUUUCGGACGACCGCUUACCACCCCGCUGCCAACGGUCUCGUGGAAAGAUUCUACGGUCAACUCAAAGGCGCCAUUCGAUGCCAAGUUACUGUAAAAUGGGUCGAUAUCUUACCCGUGGUUCUGCUGGGCAUCAGGUCAGCCUGGCGAGACGAUCUCUCGGCAACGACAGCGGAACUAGUGUACGGCGAACCUCUCAGGGUCCCGGGCGAAUUCUUGCCACCUAGAGAAUCGAGCGGGAACGAGGAAGGUGCGACGAACUUCAGCCAAGAAUUGAAAAAGCACUUUCAACAGCUUCAAUCGAUCCACGGAACCAGGCACGGAAGUAAAAAGAUCUUCGUCUUCAGAGACCUAUCCACCUGUAGACAUGUUUGGAUUCGCUUGGAUGGAGAACACCACGCGUCGUUAGAAGUCCCAUACGAGGGCCCAUAUCCCGUCACCAACCGGAACGACAGGACGUUCACCAUGGAGAAGAAAGUGAAACAAAUUACCGUUUCAAUCGACCGCUUAAAACCAGCCUACAUCCUAUCCGGAGAGGAACAACGCCAGGAGGAUCCACAACGCCCAGAGGCUAGGCGGAAUGCUCCAGGACUCCAGCAGACAGACCCUACUCCGCCAACAACGCGAUAUGGGAGACGCGUUAGAUUCCCUGGCCAUUUCCAUUCAGGUCUCUAG